AUGUUUGAUCCAGCUGAUGUGUAUCGCUGUGUAUAUGUUUGUGUUUAUGUCAAGUUUGUUUUGUUUAUUGCGAUGAAGAUAUCUGCUACUUUUCCAAUUUUAAUUUACCUUUUUGUUUCUAAAUGUAAUGGCAACAAUAGCACAAGGUAAACUUUAUUUUAUAAUUUUACAUACAGUUAUAGGUAACAUCGAAUGUAUUUCAUUAGACUUGAAUAGUGUUAAAAAGUAUUUAAAACAAGUAGUACUAGAUUGUUCUAUUAAUUCUUUGCUCUUCCUCAAAACAAAUUUUCAGGGUUAGGGGCACAGAAUUAUUUGAAAAACCUAAAAUAUAUUGAUUUUGCAGUGAAUGUAACGAAGAUACGGAAGUGUCUUGUGCUGAUGGGGUACAAUGCAUACCUAAGAUGUACAUGUGUGAUGGAAAGGCUGAUUGUACCGACUGGUCGGACGAGUCCAAGGUAUACUGUAUCGGGGAGAACGAGAAGGAUGCGGUAAGUUAUAACCAUAGUACAAUUUUACAUUUGUAAUAUAUAGGCGUUUAUUCAUAGUAAAAUAUAUUUAUUGCUUGACAAAUACAAAAAACGGUUUUUUACUGUAAAGUAAGGGCAUAAGAUAUAAUGGUCCUUUGACGAUAACAUGUACCAUCGUAUGUUCUAAUUAAUGGGUUUGAAUUGUAACAUACGAAGCUUAACUGUUAUUUGAGAUCGAAAUAGAUCCAAAUACUGAAAAGUAAUUAAGAUACGACGCACGCAGUAGUUUUUUUGCAGUAAUAUGGGUAUUACAAUGCAGUUAUUACACAAAGUAAUUGUAAAGCCUACUACUUUCCGACCAAUUUCGUGUUUUCUACAGUAAUUUUCUUUUACUAUUGUAAAGCUCAAUACACAUUCCAGGAUCUGAUACGAUCUAUAGACGAUUGUCAAGAUACCUGGUUCUCUUGUCGCGAUGCUAAGGCUUGUCUACAUCCACUUUUGGUAUGUGAUGGGAUACGACAAUGUCGGUAAGUCCGUUACUAUAGUAUGUUGUGAUACUGUUGCGUGUUGUAUGAUUGUAGUAUGUUUUCUUAGUAUUCGAAUUGUAAAAUUGUUGUCUCCUACACUAUUGUCGUAUGUUGUGUAUGUUAUGCAUGCAAAACCUUACUGUAGCGUGGAUAUAUCAUAGUAAUGUGUUAUAUACGAAUUAAUUAUUGUUAUUACUAUUGUUGUUGUUGGUAUACAACGAAUGGCAACUGUCACUGUGACAUGUUUACUUAUAGAUAUUAGCGGUAAUAUGUAAGUAUAUUAACCAUGAGAGGGGUGUUUAUCUACUAUCAUAUCAUUUAGUGUUGAUCUAAUAAGAUGUAUGAAUAUAGGUAUAUAUCUUCAUUUUAUAUGGUAUGUAAAGGUUAUUUAUAUGUAAACCGCGUCAUGUAUACAAUCACAAAGAUACGAUUAAUUUAUUAUGUUAAACGUUACAGUAUACCCUACUAUUGUAAAAUGUCACAACGUGUUGUGUCAUGGUGAAACUUGUCUAUAACGAGGUUUUCUUACUCUGUCGAUUACAAAUAUAUCCCAGCCAACGUGACAUAUACAUAUAUAUUACUAUACGAUCAUAAAUAUAGCACAUAUACGUACAUGUUUCUACAAAAGAACAUAUGUAGCGACAUGUACAUGGCGACUCGAUACAGUAAGCUUUGAUUGUAAAGGGUUUACUGUAAAAGACAAACAUAUACAAUGUCACUAUCACAUUAGUGUGUGUAAUAUGCGUGUAUGUACAUGUACGUUUGGUUUGUUUGAACGUAGAUACGUGUGGUAAACAUAUAUUACUAUGUUAAUAUGCAUUAUGGUGAUGUAAAAACACGUACAUAGAUAUAUACAUGUAUAUAAUUAGCUUUUUACAUUAUAUAUGCACGUGUAUAUCUAUAUGUAUGUCUAUUAAUAACACACAUGUACACACCCACAUACAUACACGUGAACAUCUCAUAGUACUAACGUGGUAUUCAGAGAUGGCUCCGACGAGGCCGAUCACUGUUACUACCUCAACGUGCUCCGCUACAACAUCACCGCGUGA